AUGAAUACAUGCCGCAAACCGCGAGUGGUGCUGGGUGCAAGCGGGAGCGUGGCGACGAUUAAAGUGCCAGAGAUAGCAGUGCGGCUAUCGGAAACUACAGAGGUGUGCGUGGUGCUCACCAAGUCGGCAGAUUUUUUCCUACAACGUGCCAAAGAUUACAAUGCAAUUGCUUGGACUAGAUUCAUUGCAGCAACCCAAUUGCCUGAUCAUGAGCAUGGAAAGAUUCGCAUUAUGCGUGACGAGGAUGAGUGGAACGCGUGGAAUGUCGUUGGGGACAGCGUGCGUCACAUUGAGCUGAAGGACUGGGCUGAUGUGAUGCUGCUGUCACCGAUGUCGGCGAAUACACUUGGCAAACUUGCAAACGGCUUGGCGAAUAAUCUUCUGACUUGCAUCGCUCGGGCGUGGAUCAUGACGAAGCCCUUUAUUUUUGCACCUGCGAUGAAUACAGACAUGUGGAACCAUCCGCUCACCGCAAAACAACUUCGAGUGCUAAAUGAGCUCGGCUACAAAUUGAUACCACCCGUGGAGAAGAAAUUGGCUUGCGGUGUGACGGGCUUUGGCGGUCUUGCAACUGUUGAUAGCAUCGUUGGGUUUACACUCAAUGAGUUGAGUCACUUCUCUCUUCUUAAUUAG